CCAGGCCGAGCGCACACGCAUGAAUCACCGCGCCCGCCAUCCACGUAUCGGUGUGCUUGCCGAACUUCUCCGUGCCUUCGGGGGGAUCCCAUGCCGGCGUGCCCGCUUGCCAUCCCUUGCCGUCGGUGCUGGAGCACCCGAAAUCGCCAAUGACGAUGCGAGGGUAAUAGCUGGCGGACGGUCCGUUGGCGGCGGGAUUGGAGGAGAGGAAGAUGUUCUCGGUCUUGAUGUCGAGAUGGUAAAUGGUGUUCCACUUCUCGGUUGGGCGGGGGGCUUUGGGGUUAAUGAGUGCAUUCUCGAUGCCUUCGUGGAGGUAUGCGAGGCCGUUGGCCAUACCUUGCAGGACGUGCCAGAGGAAGGACUCCGGGAUGCGAUUGCCCCUGUCUUGGUACUUUCUCGCAACGUAAUCGGCGACGUUGCCUUUGUCGCAGUACUCGAGGAGCAUAGCGACGUGCGAACCUUGCGGGCCCCACAGGGCGUCUUUCAAGCGGUUGAGGUUCGGGUUGUUGGACGAGGUGAUGCGAGUGAGCACGCGGAUCUCGAGUUUCGCGCGCGUCACCGUGCCUGCGUUCUUCAUCUUGAUGCGCUUCUCGACAAACACCUUGCCCGCUCGGUUCUUCACGAUCUUGACCGCGUCGCUCAUCCCGCCGUGCUCGAGGUUGUGGACGAGCUGGUACCCUGGGUAGACCUCUGUUGGAUCGAAGCUGGGGAUUUUGGGCUUUUGGGCUCUGAUGUCGCUGUGACGGCCAUUGUAGGUGAAUGGCUUCACGCGUCGUAGCUGCCGCUUUGGAGGCGCUGAUGGUGGAGCUGGAGCUGAUGCUUUGUGGCGCUUCGACGAUUCGUGCUUUGCAUGAUGAUUGUGCGAUGGCGCGGGAGCUCCGUACUGUUUCUCGUACUCCUCACGGCUCCGCUUGUUCGAAUGAUUGUCCUGAGCGGUGCUUUUGAUAGAAGCUCGACGGAAGCGCUGGAGCAGACCCGAGUUGUCACCGGUUGAAGGUGCAUGAUGUGUGGGGGUGCCGGCAUUGGAUUGGCGACGUGAAAGCAGCCCUUUGGAGAGGCCGUGACCUGCAUCAGCGUUAGACGGACGACGAACAACCGCUGCCUUGGAGUUUGGUUGAUACGAGCUAGCGUUGGAAGAACGACGUUCAACCUGUGCAUUGGAGCGCGGGUAGCCAGAGGCAGCGUACGUUUCUUCACGAUCAGGCUGGUACUGCGACG